UAAUUAGAGUUUUUGAAUCAAACCCUUUUAUUUAAGUUUUAAUGAACUCUGCGAAUUAAAAAAAUUGAGCCACUUAAACACAGCUCAUUCAAACGUCAAAGUAAUCACAUGUUAACAAAAACAAAAAGAAAACAUAAAAACAAAAAACUGCCACUGUGUUUUGUUCAUAAAAUACAUAGCCAAAAAAGGUGAACGGAGCAGGUUUCCAUCUUUUCUAGGCAAUGUUUAUAACAAAAAGGGCCUGCAAACGGUACAUAUACAUAAAACUACCAAUAAAUUUCUGAAUGCUGAAACUGGAAUUGAAGGCCAACAAAAAACAAAGCACUAUUUUUGUCAAUCAGCAGACGACGUUAAGAUAGCAUUAGUAACACAUUUGCUAUUUGCUAAUUCGCAGAUUAACACUCGUCAUACAACCUGUCUCUGCUGAACAAACAAAAAAAAAAGAGUGCAUCAGCAUAGUAAGCAUUAACAGGGCUUAACUAUGAGCGCAUCGAUCAUUGCCAAUUUGUGCGUAUACAUUCUUACUUGGAAUGUGGGAACACAUCAUCCGGAUGAUAUUUCCAUGACCAGUGCGUUAUCCUUAAAUGGAACUACUGCAUGCCCGGAACAGCGAUUGCCGGAUAUCUAUGUUGUGGCAUUGCAGGAGGUUAGCACUCAUGCCAAAAAUCAAUUCCUCAACAUAUUCCAUGAUGAUCCGUGGACAUUUAAAAUAAGUGAGCACCUCAGUCCCCACGAUUACAUCAAAGUGGGGACGGAGCAGCUGCAGGGAAUACUUAUUAUGUUGUUUUCGCAGCCCAAACAUGAGCCCCACAUGAAGGAUGUGGAAGUGCAAAAUACGCGCACAGGUUUGGGCGGCUUAUGGGGCAAUAAAGGUGCUGUAAGUAUUCGGAUGAGUCUUUAUGGUACCGGUGUGACAUUCGUUGGCACACAUUUAGCUGCACAUGACAACAAGUUGAGUGAACGCAUUGAAGACUACAAUCAAAUUGUGAAUAAUCAUCACUAUAAAACACCGAAAUAUCGGAGCAUCUUCGAUCACGAUUAUGUUUUUUGGUUUGGUGAUCUUAAUUUCCGUUUAACCGGCACUGACUCUGCAUGGGAUGUGCGCUCAUUAGUAGAACAUGGGAAGUUGGAUGAGUUGUUGGAACGCGAUCAACUAUCAUUAGUGCGAUCAACAGGCAAUGCAUUUGCACUACUCACCGAAGAAUUGCCUACUUUCCCACCCACUUUCAAAUUCAUCGAAGGCACAUCCGAAUAUGAUUUAAAACGGCGCCCAGCAUGGUGUGAUCGCAUCUUACAUCGUGUGCAAGAGAAUCGAUAUCCAGAUAUUAUAUUGAAUAUUACACAGCUAUCUUACAAAUCACAUCCGGAUUACACGCUUUCCGAUCACAAACCCGUCUCAGCCGAAUUUCUCUACAAAAUAGAGGCACAAACGCAAACAGAUGAAGAGUUGUAUGAGCUAACGCAUGGUGGUGGCAGUACCGAAACACCUUUAGCUAGUGUAACUAUCUUACUUGUUACAGCUUUAUUUAUAUUGUACUAAGCAAACGGAACGAUACUUGUUUGUCAUAAUUUUUUCUUGUUUACAGCCCGAUAGCGAAAAUGCUCGUCUUGCGCCAAUAUAUUAAAACACAAGAAAAGCGUUUACAAAACAAGAAUCUUAGGCAACAAGUUUGAUAAGCAGAAAACAUGAGCUUGGUAGCGUGAUAAGUGUCAAAGUGCCCUGCAAAUUAAACGUAUUUAAGCAAAUUCUGUAUUUUAUCUCAAAUUUGGUUGUAUUAAAUUUAAAACGUCCAAUUAAUGUUUUUGUAGAAUAUUUUUGCAUAUUAACAUUACCUGAAUCUCACUUUGAACAGAGAUGUCUUAUUUGAUAUUUCGUUCUUAACACGUCUUUCAAUUUUAUAUUUAAUUAUGGCAUAUAAAUUGUUAUCAAAUUAUGUUAAUUGCUUAUUACUUUCAAAGUUACCAAUUUUGCACUUUUCAAUGAUAGCAAUACUAACCGUACCUCCAAAGUGAUACAUAUUACAAUGUAGCAUAAUAUAUUCAAAAAAAUUUACAUUACUCGAAUAAAACUAAAAAAAGAUAAUUCUUUAUAAAUAAGACGACUAUAUACUCUUGAAACUGUACAUCCUAUGUGCAUACAUAUAUGUAUAAUAUACAUAUAUAAAUUUCCUUGCAUAUGCUGUUAAUUUUUAGAAACUAAUGCCGCAAAACUAAUGGAAAAAUGCUAUUAAACGGAAAAUUAUAUGAAAGUGUCACUUUAUAAAGCUUUUUCUCAUGUAUGUACAUACAUAGGUUUUAAAAUUUAUUUGCCCUUUAAGCACAAACUUCGUUUUGAAAACAUGUGUUUUAAGGGCAGCUAAAUUUUGAAAACUACAUGAGAAAACGGCACUAAAUCUAUUAAAUUUGUAUAAAAUCUUAUUGUGCUCCUGAAAUGCUCAGAUUUCGAAAAGGUUGGAAUUAAAGUAGUAUUUUCUUUUUGUAAUAUACAAACAUAAAUCUGUAAAAAUUGCCUUUAGAAAAAAAAUGUUCACAUAUCAAAAAUCGGCCAAAUGCGAAUUCUCGUAAUGAUCAUAGUUGUAGUAUACAUACAUAUAUAACGGCGACUUAGCGCAUUUUUUGUACACAUUCAUACAUACCAUGUACACUCAGUUAUAUUGCGAAUGUUAUGUGCAAUUAAGUAUGUACAUAUAUUUGUAAUAAAAAUAAUAAAAAAGACAUAA